AUGCGCUACGUUGGCUGUAGCCACUGGUUUGGCGUACUUAUUUGGACUCAAGGUAGUCUUACUGGUGGUCAAAAUAGCGCUGUUGCUAUUACUCACCAGAAUCAAAUUGGCUUGCAGAAUCGUAUGCUUGUUAGUAAAGCUGUUUUACAAGAGCACUGCAUGGUGCUCAUAGUUGUUUAUCGGACAUCGAGGAACGACGCCGACACUAACAAGCGACAGUGGAACGACGCCACCACCGCCCACUCCAACAAGCUGCAAUCAAGUGAAGCCAAUAUUGAAACCUAUCAUCCGGAGAUUCUCGAACAAUACACGACUAGGUUUUCUCAAUUAACUGGCAGCAUAAUCACUUGCUAUCCUGUUCUAAAGUUUCUAGAGGUUGAUUGUCGAGGUGGGCAUUUCGAACCUGCCGAAGACACUCCAAUUAACACUCCAGCUAUUGCUGCUGCGGUUGUCACCAAGGAGUUCGAACCCACGUCAGAAAGCCACUUACGCCUAAGGGUCGGAGACAUUGUGUCAAUUAUUGAGAUGAACUCGGGGCCCCAAAGGGAAAGUGCUUUUUGGAAAGCAAAAUUGACUAUUGCGAACCGUGGUCGUAAUCAGGAUUCUCACGCCAAGAUGGUUGAGGUUGGUUCCUUUCCAAGCGACUGCGUUCACCUCAUUGACGAUAGACGAGUUUCUUGUCGCCUCGCUAUUUCUAAGAAGGAGUCUCUCAUAUCAGCUAAUCGAAUGCCAAGAUUACUGAAGACCCGCUCCCAUAUUUGCUACCCGAUUUUUGGUACAUCUCUCGUCGACCACUUGGAUAAGACUGCACCAAGGCAUUGUUACAGGAAUCUACCGCCAUUGUGGAAUUCAAUCCAAUAUAGUGUGUCUCUGCUGAUCGUGUGGGCCUGCAUCGUUUUCAUUCGUUCUCUUCCCUCGAAAACGUCAUCCAAGAAGUUGAUAAGUUUUCAUACAUUCCGCUUGUUCACAAAGACGGCUACUGUUCUCUAG